CCGGACGAAGCCAACGAAGACAUGCACGAAAUUUGCUCGUGACGUAAGCUCAUGCACCGCUGCUUACAUCGAUCGGGAUUAAGAGGCAUGCAGGCCACUUUCGGUGGGACGCUUGUUUAUUGAAAGUCUUGUCGCCCACGCAUGCAGGAGCUUUGCCCAUCUCGACAUCCAUUGUCUCCCAACUCCACCAACGCUUCCCCCCAUCUGGUUACACAUCUAUCUCCCAUCUCAGCACAGCAAUGAGUCUAGAAGACAAAUCCGAGCUGUCGUCCCUCAUCAAUGCCUGGAGAUAUCGAGAUCUUGGUCAGUGGGACAAACUUGCCGACGCUUUCCACCCAGACGGCCGUGUCGAAAUCACCUGGUUCGAAGGCCGAUUCCAAGACUUCAUCGAGGGCUCAAAGCAGAUGGGCAAGUCGAGCACGCGCACGAAACAUAUCAUCGCGACACCACAUAUCCAAUUUCGAGGCUCGCGCGCGGUGGUGGAGACGAAUGCCACGAUUGUAGCGCAGCAUCUGGAUUUGCAUCUCGGGUGCGACCAGCAUUGUCGGUUCUUUGAUUGGGUAGAGAAGCGUGACGGAUGCUGGAAGCUGGUCAAGAAGCAGUGCAUCUACGACAUGGGCACCUUCACCUUCCCGCGUGGGCCCGUCGAAGUGGACGCAACAGUCCUUGAGCGGUAUCCCUACGAAUAUGGCCCAUUGGCCUAUUUGUUGGAAAAGACUGGUUACACUUUGCGACGUGUUUUCGCUACACGAGGGAGCGACCUUGAGCGCACGAUGAAAGAAGAGGGUGCAAGAUGGCUUGCGGGGCCCUGAUUUGCCGUCUCUUGGCCGGGAUUCGUGCACGACUGACAUCUUUACCCACUUCGACAUGCGCUCCCCCAUGGAUCAUCAGCACAAGUGAAAUUGUGGGAGCGAUACCUCUACGGCUCCAGCCUAGAAAGCUCGCUUGCAAAUCUUGUAGCUUUACACUAACUUAGCCCAAUUAAAAGCUUUCAAGGCGAUCCGUGCGCGCUCUGGCUAGCGCGUCCCACCAAGCGUCCCGCAUUUGCGGUGGGGCGGGCGUUUGCAUUCGUUUCCACCAAAAAAAAAAAACAUGCUUUUCUGGCA